AUUGAGAUCAAAACCUCACUCAGAAUGGUGCUGUCUUCUGGCCCAAGAUUCGUAGAAAUCCCUCUCCGGGACACGGAUGAGGUGAUUGAAUUAGACUUGGAGCAGCUACCCGAUGGCGAGGAGGUCCUCACCAUCUUGAAAUCAGAGAAUGCCCCUCUUAAAACAUGGCUAGAACUUGGGUUGGAGUACUACAAGAAAGACAGCGUGGACGACUUCGUGAAGAUCUUCGCAUCAUGGCAAGCCGACGCCAACCUGGAUUACUCCGGCAACGAGAAAGACCAGAUGACCGCCCUGGACACCCUGGCAGCUUACUACGUCCAGCAGGCUCGUAAGGAGAAGAACAAGGACUCCAAGAAGGAGCUGUUCACACAGGCCACGCUUCUCUACACCAUGGCCGAUAGGAUUGUUAUGUACGAUCAGAACCAUCUUCUUGGCCGUGCUUGUUUCUGUCUUCUUGAAGGUGAUAAAAUGGACCAGGCCGAUGCUCAGUUUAACUUUGUUCUCAACCAAGCUCCUAAUAACAUUCCAGCUUUACUAGGUAAAGCAUGCAUCUCUUUUAACAAGAAGGACUGGCGAGGAGCAUUGGCUUACUAUAAGAAAGCUCUAAGAACAAAUCCAAACUGCCCAGCUGCUGUACGAUUGGGAAUGGGGCACUGCUUUGUCCGUCUCGGCAAACCUGACAAGGCAAAGCUAGCCUUUGAGCGAGCCUUGCAGCUGGACCCCCGUUGCGUCGGAGCCAUCGUUGGCCUAGCCAUCCUUGAAGCGAAUGGGAAAGCUACAGACUCCAUCAAGAAGGGCGUCCAACUCCUAAGCAGAGCGUACACCAUCGACUCGGGCAAUCCUAUGGUCCUUAACCACCUUGCUAAUCAUUUCUUCUUCAAGAAGGACUAUACCAAGGUACAGCAUCUUGCUUUACAUGCUCUACAUGGGACAGAGAAUGAGGCCAUUCAAGCUGAGAGUUGCUACCAGCUAGCUAGAUCAUUCCAUGUUCAGGGUGAUUACGACCAGGCAUUUCAGUACUACUACCAAGCAACAACCUACGCCACCCCUAACUUUGUUCUGCCCCACUUUGGUCUUGGUCAGAUGUACAUUCACAGACGAGACACAGAGAACGCUUCUCAGUGUUUUGAGAAGGUGUUAAAGGCUCAGCCCGGCAAUUAUGAGACCAUGAAGAUCCUUGGAUCCCUCUACUCAAACUCCAGAGACGAAGAGAAGAGAGAUAUCGCCAAAGGUCACCUUCAGAAGGUCGUCGAGCAGUUACCUGACGACGUCGAGGCUUGGAUAGAGCUUGCUCAGAUUCUCGAGAUCACAGAUGUACAGGCUGCUCUCUCUGCGUAUGGUACAGCUACGCGAAUCCUCAAGGACAAGGUCCAAGCCGACGUCCCUCCCGAGAUCCUCAACAACGUGGGCGCCCUUCACUAUCGGCUCGGCAACAUUCAAGAAGCCAAGCGCUACUAUGAGGCAUCUCUGGAACACUCUAGGAGAGAGAGGGAACAUGACGAAAUGUACUACAACUCCAUCUCCGUGACAACGACUUUUAAUCUUGCCCGUCUCCAUGAAGCCCAAUUCAACAUGGAGAACGCCGUCAAGCUCUACAAGGAAAUCUUGAAAGAACAUCCUAACUAUGUUGAUUGCUAUCUUAGACUGGGCUGUAUGGCAAGAGAAAGGGGUCAAAUUUACGAGGCUUCUGAUUGGUUCAAAGAAGCUCUUCAGAUCAAUCAGGAUCAUCCUGAUGCAUGGUCACUCAUCGGCAAUCUCCAUCUUGGUAAACAAGAAUGGGGCCCUGGACAGAAGAAAUUUGAGAGGAUCCUAAAACAACCAUCAACCCAGAAUGACACAUACUCCCUUCUUGCUCUAGGCAACGUCUGGCUACAGACCCUCUACCAGCCCACCAGGGACAAAGAAAAGGAGAAGCGUCAUCAGGAGAGGGCUUUGGCUCGGUACAAACAGGUGCUGAGGAGCGAUAGUCGUAACAUCUACGCAGCUAAUGGGAUAGGGUGUAUCCUAGCCAUGAAGGGGUACAUUAGAGAAGCUAGAGACGUCUUCUCACAGGUGAGGGAAGCCACAGCUGAUGUCUCUGAUGUUUGGCUGAACUUAGCACACAUCUACGUAGAACAGAAGCAAUACAUCAGUGCUAUACAAAUGUAUGAGAACUGCAUCAAGAAGUUCUUCAAGUACCACAACACGACUGUCCUGAGCUACCUAGCGAGGGCGUACUUCAAAACAGGAAAGCUGAAGGAGUGCAGACAGACUUUGCUCAAGGCAAAGCGUGUUUCUCCCCAUGACACUCUCAUAACAUACAACCUGUCCCUGGUGCUACAGCGUAUUGCCAUGUACGUCUUGCGUGAUGAGAAGUCUAAUCUCAAGACCGUGUUGGGCGCGGUGUCGGAGCUCAAGACCGCCCAGAGGUAUUUCACGUACCUCAGUAAGUCAGGGGAUCGGAUGAGGUUUGAUCUCACGCAGGCUGGAGUCGAGGCUAGGCAAUGUGCUGAUCUUCUAAGCCAGGCCCAGUAUCACGUACAGAGAGCAAGGCGUCAGGACGAGGAGGAGAGAGCUCUGAGACAGAAGCAGGAAGAAGAAAGAGAGGCUCUUAGACAGAAACACAAGGAGAUACAAAUGGCCAAGAGACACGAAGAGGAGGAGAGGACGAAAGCUCUCAUUGAGAAGAGAACCGAGUUCAUCGAGAAGACAAAGAAUAUCCUAACGUUACCGGACAUUGUCGAGACCAAGCCCAAAGCAGGCCGCAAAGGAAGGCGAGGGAAGAACACGGGAGAGAUCUACAGCGAAGGAAGCGGAAGCGAAGAGGACGAAGAACCCAGGCAGAAGAAGAAGAGGAGAAAACAGAGAGGAAGUGACGAGGAAGGAGACGGAGCAGAAAGGCCAAAGAAAAAGAGAAGACCGCGCAAGAAGGACAGACUAGGCUCGGAUGAUGAAGAAGGAGGAGAGGAUAGACCAAGAAAACGAAAGAGGAAGGAGAAGAGUGGAAGGUCAAGGAAGAUGAAGGAACUGAAAUCGAUGGAGAGAGAGGUUCCAGGAAAGUUCAAAUCAAAGGCUAUUCUGUCGUCGACAGACUCAGACUCGGAUGGAGAAAGGCUGAAGAUUACGGAUGUGCCGAUUGAUAGUGGUAGCGGUACCCAAGGGAGCGACGAAGAGGAAGAAGAGAGGAAACCCAAGCAAGGACGCAUCAAGCGAAGGAUGGUCUCCGACUCAGACAGCGAUCAGUCGGGAUCAGACAGGGGCGGAGCCUCACCGGCCGGUGAGGAAAUGGAAGAGGCAAGGUCUGAGUCAGAUGGAGGUCAGGGGUCAGUUCAAGAGUCAGGUCAAGGGUCAGGUCAAGAGUCAGGUCAAGAGUCAGCUCAGGGGUCAGCUCCAGGGUCAGAGCAAGAGGAAAGUGAUUGAAGCAGUUUUAUCAUUUCAUAACUCAUCAUCCAUGGACCCAUCUUUAAUCAAUAAGAUUGAGUUUUGCUCUGAACAUUCACAUCCUCAUACAUUUCCUUAUUCUACAUUUCAAGCUAGACAGUUUUAUAUUCAUUUAUUCUACUAGCAGUUGUCUUUUAGAAUAUUCAGCCACCACAUGGGCUAAACCCAUUUCAUCAACUAUCAAUUUAGUCUAGUACCCACUUGUCUAAUACUUCAUGGCCCGUAUUCUGAAGUCAGGUUUAACUUAGACCAUGGUCUAACUCUGUGCUAAAAUUAUGGAAAGCCAAAAAUGUCAAAAUCUUCCUUACUUUUUAUGUUUCUUAUGUCUACUGUGCUCUUUCCUAAAUCGUGAAUGGUGAAGAAAGCUAUCUCUCUAUCCUUCCGAAACAGUUAAGAAUUAUUUGAGACAAAAAUGAGCUGAUUCAUUGAAAUUAUACUGCUACAGAUUUAUGCCACUAUUGGCUAUCCAUAGUUAAACCACAGCUUAAAACCAGAGUUUUAAUUAAACCCGACUUCAGACUACGGGCCAUUUAGUCUAAUACUCAGUUUGUCUAAUCUCCACUUCGUCAACUUGAUAUUCUUAUUUUUUCCAAAGGAAAAUUGGGUUAUUAACAAGCACUUCAUCUAACCUUAGAGACCAAGUGAUGAUAGACAGACUAGAUAUCAAACAAAAUUAGUAAAUCAUAUCUAGGAGGCAUUUCAUCAACGUUUUCAUCAGACAAGUUCACAGAUUUGACAAUUUACCUUGAUUUUGAUUGGCUAAGAAGCACUGUUACUACGGUAACUGUCGGAUAAAAAGUCUGACAAGUCCAUUCACGAAAAGCCCCCAGUGCUGACCGUACAGAAAUGUUACCACUAACAGAACACUUACAGUAGGCCCAGUUACGUCUUUCGGAAUGUGAGGUCAAACGUUGAUCCAAGAUGUAAUGAACGGUUGUUGUUGUAUUCGGCAUCGCUGCGACAUUACCAGUUUAAACAGGGCCUCUGUUAGCGCAUUGUUUGCGCUGUUAAUGUGUGUGUGUGGCCGGUACAGGAAAGUAGACAAAAUGGGAAAAGGGCUUAGUGGCGAUUUGACCAAAUGGUUAUUAGACAAACUGGCUGCAGAUGAACUACUGGUUGUAGAUUAGCUAAGAUGCUAAGAUGAGUCCAUAUGCGAUGAGACUAAACAAAACAAGGAUGAGACAAAUAUUGAUCAUUCGGGAAUUGUAUGCAGUACUGGGCCCAGUCUUACAAAGAGUUGCGAUUGAUCCAAUCAAUCGCAACUAUGGAAAGCCAGCAAAGUCAACAUAUAAAAUACAUGUUCAUUAAAAAAAAUUCUAGAUAUUAAUGCAUAUCCAUAAAUUCAUUGAUCUCUUGACAAUUUGGCGUGUUCUCUUUCAUUUACAGAAGACAUUUUGCAAAUUUCCUGUAGGAAAAAUUAUGACACUAAUGGAUUUCCAUAGAGUUACGAUCGAUUGGAUCAAUCAUAACUCUUUGUAAGACAGGGCCUAGAUUGUCUUUUAGAAAGUGGUGAGAACAAUAAGCUCAUUUACAAAAGUGAUUCAGAUUUAUGAAUGUUUCUUUUCUGGGCACCUAGUGACAGGGUAUUUCUUCUCACCUGUUAGUGAUAACUAAGCUUCUCAUACCUGGAAGUGUUUGCUUACAUUACAUUGUUGCUAUGUCUGGCAAGCCUCUGGCAAGGUUUCAGGUUGUCAAGAACACCUUGGAUUAAAAGGUGUUUAACAGGUCAUGAGCAUCAGUUCAAUUAAUGCAUGAAUAUACAUCAAAGCUAGAAAAUAUUUUGAACAAGCAUGCUUAAUACAAGUUGACGUUGCUGGCCGUCCUUAGUUGCGAUUGAUCGGAUCAAUCGCAACUCUUUGUAAGACGAGGCCCUGGUGUCAUGAAUAUGUUGUCAUUGGUCUAUCAUCGCCUCUUUUGCAGAAGAAUAAUUCGAAUUCAGAACAAGAAGUGUUUUGUGUAGUGACGUAGUCCCAUCUUUUCAUAUUUGUGUAUUAUGACAUCAACUUCGCAGGAUUGCAUAAUUCUAAUUAUUUUGAUAUUUAAGCAAUUUAUAAAUUCUCACCAUUACAAUUUUACAUUUUCAACAUUUUUCACGUACUGUGUACAUGAUCAACCUUUACCAACGAUUUCAAGAUAGCUCAUCUUAAUCCUACAACAAAUACCUGGGCCCCACAACCACCUAGACGUGUGAUUGAUUGCAAGUUUGAUUGGGUACGUUGCAUGGUAUUCACUUGCAGCAGUGAUCUUGCUUUGACAGAAUUGACAUUUUGUGAUCGAUUGCAACUCAAUAUGGUCACAUUAUUGAUAUAAUGUUAUACAUACCUGGACCCUAUAACACCAAGAUUUAUGAUUGAUUGCAAAUGAUUUCUAAGAAUGAUUCUGAUUGGCUGAUCUUGGGUAUGUUACUCACAGCAUUGAUCUUGCUUGGACAUUGACAUUUUGUGAUCAAUUGCAACUCUGUGGUCAUACUAUUGAUAUAAUAUUAUAGAUGCCUGGGCCCAUUGACACUAAGAUCUAGGGUAUGUUGAACAAUGUUUACUCACAGCGUUGAUCUUGCUUGGACAUUGACAUUUUGUGAUUGAUGAUUGCAACCUUAUAUAUGAAUAUUAUCGGGCCCAGAACUUCUCUUUUUCUUUUCAAUGUAUAUACCUUUCUAAAUCUUUGCUAUUUUUCUACAGUGAUAAUUUAGUAUUAAAGGUUGAAGAACAGAAUGACAUAUUUCAUAUUUAGGCAUUUUGAGAUUUUGAUACCAAACUAUUCAUAAUUUCUUUAGAUUGUGAAACCAUCAAGAUUUUACACUAAUUUAACUUUUGAGUUGCAUAUAAAGACAAAAUAAACUGCAUCUCAUCCCAACAGAUUUUACUUCCCCAUGUGUAAUAUGAAGAAGGGAAGGAAAUACAGGCAGAAACAUUGGAAUGGAAAGACGAGAAAGGAUGAAUAAGGGAAAUGAGAAGUAUUCUUUCUUGAAAGUGAGUGAAGUCCCGAAAAGGACUGUAAACCAGAUGAGAUGAGCUGAAUAUGGCUUGAGUAGCGAUGGUUUGAGUAGUAGCUGGAUGAAGUGAAGAGAGGUCACUCAACGCUUCGGGCAGGUUGAAUCCUUUUCAGGACUUCACUCAUUUUCAAGAAAAGAAUACUUCUAAUUUCCUCUUUUCGUCCUUUCUCGUCUUUCCUUUUCAAUCUUUCUGCCUGUAUUUCCUUCCCUUCUUCAUAUUACACAUGGUGAACCGUAAACCUCCACGUUAUAAACUCCACCAUGCGAACCUACAAAUAUCAUCAGAUUUUCCUUCUUAGAAAAUUGUUGAACAUCCACCUUUCUAAAACAAGUCACCGAUUUUGAGAUAGGCUGCCUGUUUACAAACUCUUUGCAAUCAUGCUUUGAGGAAUCUACCUAAAUAUUUGUGUCGUAUGUACUUUUGAGCAGUAAAUCUCUUCUUCGGGGGGGGGGGGGGGGGGGGGGGAGGGGGAGAGCUACUAACCCCCUUUAAAUAUAGUGACAUUACCAAUCAACGAUUUUGAAAAAUCAAAUAAUAGUAAAAUUUGAUUGCAACAAAGUUUCGUGCAACAACCCCUGCGACUGGCUCACUGAGUUGUCUUGUCUUGCAUAGUUAAAAUUGUAUAUAUCCUAUCGACUUUGUAAAUUAGUAAGUACUUUGUUAAUCCAGAGUCCCAAAUAUUUGUAAUGUUAUCAAAGACUUCAUGUAGACAUAACAAAGUACCCUUGUACUGUAAUUAUGUAGCAUGUCAUCGAUGCAUGUCAUGAGUAAAAGAAUUUUAAUACAAUAAACAGGUUUGUUUAUAUAAAA